AUAACCGGUGCGCGCGCCCCGCCGCGUCCCUCAGCUCUUCUUCCGGGGUCGUUCCCUGCUCAGUGGGUCAGACUGCCAAUAUCUCAGAUUCAUUAAGAAGAUAAAACAUCCGAGCGGAAAGUAGUUAGAGGUGUGUUUGCAAAAGAGAUGUGAGCCAGAGGCGAAACAGCUUGUGGCUUCGUGGAGCAGCUGGAGGAGAAAAUGCUGUAAAGUAGAAGAACUUUCAAGGCAAGAUGUCCUCAGGCCACAGGCUGAGAGAUGUGGAGCAGCAGCGCCCCCUGCUGGACGGGGAGGAGGAGGUGGAGAGCAGUUUGCAAAGCGAUGCAAAGCAGCUCUGGUUCAUCCGGGACUGCUGCGGCAUGGUGUGCGCCUUCAUCACCUGGUCCCUGGUCUUCUUCGCCGACUUUGUGGUAACCUUCGUCAUGCUGCUGCCCUCCAGGAGCUUCUGGUACGCCGUGGUCAACGGCGUGGUCUUCAACAGCCUGGCUGUGCUGGCGUUGGCCUCCCACCUCCGCACCAUGCUGUCCGACCCGGGAGCCGUUCCUAAAGGAAACGCCACCAAAAAGUACAUGGACAGUCUGCAGCUGAAGCCGGGCGAGGUCAUCUACAAAUGUCCAAAAUGCUGCAGCAUCAAACCUGAGAGGGCUCAUCACUGCAGUAUCUGUAAGCGCUGCAUCCGCAAGAUGGACCACCACUGUCCCUGGGUCAACAACUGUGUCGGGGAGAAAAACCAGCGCUUCUUCGUCCUCUUCACUAUGUACAUCGCUAUAAUCUCCAGUCACGCUCUGGCUCUCUGUGGAUACCAGUUCGUCACCUGCGUCAGAGUGCAGUGGAGAGAGUGCAGUGAUUUCUCCCCUCCCGUGACGAUGAUGCUGAUGAUCUUCCUCUGCAUGGAGGCCCUCCUCUUCCUCACCUUCACAGCCGUUAUGUUCUGCACUCAGCUCCACUCCAUCUGCAACGACGAGACGGAGAUCGAGCGUCUGAAGAACGAGAAGCCGACGUGGGAGCGUCAGACUCGCUGGGCGGGGCUGAGGACGGUGUUUGGAGGGCGGCCGUCGCUGCUGUGGAUCAGCCCCUUCGCUGGACUCAAACUACCGUCCCUUCUCCCGAGGCGCACCUGGAAGGGCGGGGCGGAGUUCUCCGUCUGACCAGCUGUCAUUCAAACGCUGCACAGCGGAGUGAAUCCAAAUAAACCGCUGUGGCGGUGUUUCAUGGUGCUGAUGAACCUGCAGAGACCCGCUGGGUUUGUUUUUACCUGUUGGCUGUUUCUGAGCCCCAGAAAGCAGGUUCAGACUCUGCUGCAGUGCCCAGAAGCCAGAUGGUCUCUCACCUUCCUGUUAGGUGGGGCAGCAUCAUCCCGACAGUCAGAAUGAUUCUCCUGGACGUGUGGAGAAUCUUUGGACAGAGUUUCAUCCACAUGAAUCAGACUUUAAGUUUUUUAAAAUCUGCUCAUUAAGAUGCUGGAUCCUCUGAGAGCAGUUACUGACUACAGAAAUCAUUUUGUGUUUGUUGACGUUGAUCAAUGAAAUGAAAUAUCAAACUGAUAAAAAUGAUUUAAGUGACAUCAUCUGGUUAAAGUGGAGAUUUCUUCACAUUCAGUGUUUCUCACCAAAAAGUAUUGUGCUGAAUGUGUUUUAUCCCUCAUAAAAUACUUGCAAAGCCGUUCACUGGAGGAUUCUAAAGGAUAAAUUCAGUAUUUCUUUAUCAUUUUGGUGUCAAAAUGACUGUUGGGUAGAAAAAGAUUUGGAAUCUGCGCAGUAGAUCGUUUCAGCCAGCUGCUGCUGCAACAUGUAGCAACCCGGUUAAAAGAGGCAAUCUGUGGCAGGAAGACAGCGGUGGAAAUGUGAGUAAAUAUAGUUCCUCUACAACCACCUCUCUGAAGCAUGAAGCUUCUUCUGCACAGACUCCAAAACGUUUUGUACCUACUAAUCGUUUCCAAAUCCAAACCUGUGAAAAUAGAGUCCAGGUUUAGAAAUACCAACAUUAUCUUUAAAAUCCUGUAUUGUUUGCAUCCAUGUUUACUAGCGUGCGGUCUUCUUCGUCUUCUCUGCGUUUUGUUGACUCGUGUUUCUUGACUGCUCCUGUAGAUCAGAAUACUGUAACGCACGGCCGUGCACGAGACAGACAAACUGCUCCGUACUGCUACUGGAGGUGUAAAACAUUACAGGGAACCUUUAAGAAAUCAUGUUAGAAAAUUAAAAGCGUGCUAAAAAUAAUCAAACCACUUUUUUUUUUGCUUCCUUACAAGUAAUAUGAAUCAAAGGUUUUUUCUUUCCUUAUAAAGUCACAUUUGUUUUUCACUUUGGCUGAUGUGUUUCCUCAGGAUAAACCCAUCCGAUUGGGCCUAAUGCAAGAACUGUUGCGUUCUCAUCCUAAACGUCUCUUUGUUACUGCGCAAACAUGUCAAAUGUCUUGGUUCAACCUGAUGAACGACUCCUUUACACCCUCAAAUGGUUAUCAAAGACAGCCUGUUCCAAAAAUAGAACUUAUUUAUUAGAAGUUUUGCCGUUGGACAUUAAAAGAAAAAGGGAUAGUAAAAGUUGUUAUGCCAAAAUAAAAUAAUAAAUGCCAGUAAAAUCUUGUUGUCAAACCUUUUUAUACAUUGAGAGCACAUCACACUGAUUAUUGUGUCGUCCAGAUUGAAAUCUUUACAUUAUGUACCAUUCAUUUAAAUCAAUGUAUAUUUUUCACAAUAGUUCAUGUGAAUCUGAGUAAUUGUACAUUUAUCUUCUGACAUUUCAGAGCCUUUUCUAUGCCCCUUUGUUUCCAGACACUUAAUAAAUCGAGUUCCUCUCUA